ACUACUAUUCAUCCGUACAACAUAAAAAUUUCCACUUUUACACUAUUAAUCAAUCUCAACCUCUUGUUCCCUUUUCUCCAUCUUUUCCAAUCUUAUCAAAACAUCUAUUAGCUUUUACUUUAGCCAUAUGGAAGAUUUCAUCAUUUCACCUUCUUCAUCUUCCUCUAUGAUUUCAUUCCUCAAUGAAAACCCUUCACCACAAACACAAACACAAACACAAACCCUUCAACAAAAGCUUCAAUUGUUACUCCAAUCUCAAUCAGAAAAUUGGGUCUAUGCCAUUUUUUGGCAAACAACAAAAGAUGAAAAAGGUAACACUUUCUUAUCUUGGGGUGAAGGCCAUUUCCAAGGAACCAAAGAAACAACAUCUUCAAAAAAAGAAAACGACACGAACACUGACACGUCUACAAACGGCGAUGCGGAUUGGUUCUAUGUUAUGUCUUUGACUCGAAAUUUUUGUGUUGGUAAUUCUUCUUCAAUUUCUUUACCUGGUAAAGCUUUUGCUUUAGAUUCUGUUCUUUGGUUAAAUAGUAAACAUGAACUUCAAUUUUAUAAUUGUGAGAGAUCCAAUGAAGCACACGUGCACGGAAUUGAAACGUUAAUAUGUAUUCCGACAACUAACGGUGUAAUCGAAAUGGGUUCUUAUGAAAAUAUCCAACAAAAUUGGAACCUCGUACACCAAACAAAAUCUAUGUUCCAAUUCCAAUCAACAUCGUCAGAAUCAAACUCAAAAUUAGAUCUUAUCUCCACCACCCCACUUGACAAAAUCCAAACUUUCGACCAAAACAUCUCAUUUUCCGACAUGGGUUUCAUCUCCGGCACCAACAAAGAAACAGAUGAGAAGCAAAAAAUGAUGAACGAAAAAUCACAACAAAAACAUAACAUUGUUGUUUCACCAAAAAAAUCUCAUUAUGUUGAUUCUGAACAUUCUGAUUCAGAUUAUUGUCCUCAACUAGAAACACCAAAAAGUGAUUCUGUUGAUGAGAAAAGAGAACUGAAGAAGAGAGGAAGAAAACCAUUAACAGGAACAACUCAAACACCAAUGAACCAUGUAGAAGCAGAGAGACAAAGGAGAGAGAAACUGAAUCAUAGAUUCUAUGCUUUAAGAGCUGUGGUUCCAAAUGUUUCAAGAAUGGAUAAAGCUUCUUUGUUAUCAGAUGCAGUGGAUUACAUCAAUGAGUUAAAAUCAAAGAUUAAAGAUUUAGAAUCUGAGAAAAAAAGUGAAUCUAAAAAAGUGAAGAUGGAAACUAUGGAUAAUCAAAGUACAGUGACAACUUCAACUGUUGUGGAUCAAAAAAGACCUUGUUGUAAAAAUAAUAAUGUUAUUGCUUUGGAGAUUGAUGUGAAGAUUAUUGGAAAUGAUGCUAUGAUUAGAGUUCAAUCAGAGAAUAUUAAUCAUCCUGGUGCUAGAUUAAUGAGUGUAUUCAAGGAUUUGGAAUUUCAGGUACAUCAUGCUAGUAUAUCUUGUGUUAAUGAAGUUAUGGUUCAAGAUGUUGUUGUUGUUCAAGUUCCUAAAGAGAUAAGAAAUGAAGAGAGUCUUAAAUCUGCAAUUCUCAUGAGAUUAGAUGAUCAAGAAUGAAAAAAAUGUACUCAAUUCUUAAGUUUUACUAGUUUUAUUACCGGAAAAAAAAAAAAAAAAAAAAACUCGUGUCAUUUCAUCUGAAUACGAUUUUUAUGAUGUGUGUAUGAUCAUAAUUUUUAGUUAUUUUUAACUCUUUCUCAUUACAUAAAUAAGCAAAUUAGUGUGCUUCUUGAUAGAGGGAGGGUUAGUUAACCCAUCUCAUUGAAUUUGGAUCCUUUCCUUCACUCAUCUCCCCAUCUCUCUCAAUCCUCUCUAUCUCUCUUAAUGUCACUCUCUCAAUCCUUUCAUGUAAUAAUUGUACUAUAUUAUUAAUUAUUGGAUUAAUUAUGUUAUGCCUCUUA